GCCUUAACGGCUCGGGGUUAUAUACAAUAGCCCCAAAACUGUGAACUCGUUAUCCGCCAUCAUACUGAUUAUCGACAACCUGGGGAGUCGCAUAUUGGUUGUCUCUUAUUUACUCCCAAAAUGGCCGACGAAACAACGAAGCAACCACUCCAGGACGAAGAAACUGGUGUUACAGCAUCAUCAGGGAUAGAUGGACCACCCACCUACGGCACACCUCCCCCUUUAUACCAGGAAGAAAAUGCACCUCCGACCUAUGAAGAAGCCAGCAGAGAUGCUCCUCCUUCCUACCAGUCCAUAUUUGGGCAAAUGCAAGAUGCUAAGAGAAAAUCGUCUGGAGUCACAGAUUUCUUCAAGAAGCUUCUGGCUGUCAUUUUGGGAACCUUGGGUUGUACCAUAGCCAUUGGCGUUGUUAUGGCGAUACCGAUAGCCAUGAUCGUGAUGGGAUCAUUAUAUUUACAUGACUGCACAAUAGAACCUUAUAUACCGAUAUAUCUGAUAGUUGGUGGUUGCUUUGGCGUACUGAAGAAUUUAGUAUCGUUAGGUCAGAGAGCUAAACGACAUCAAGAUGAUGACGGAGAUCAAGAGGAUAAUGUGAGAUCCGAUCCUUUCAAUUCAUUAUUGAAUUGCUUUCUCCUUGCCUGGUUUAUAGCAGGUAACGUGUGGAUAUACAGAUCAUAUCAACCAAACUUUGAGGAUGUCACCUCUCCAUAUUACUGCUAUGAACCGCUCUAUAAAUUUGCCUUCUGGUUGACCAAUGCUACUUACAUCAUGUUAGCAUUCUGUUGUUGCUGUCUGUGCUGUGCAGCAGGGUGUACUGCUAUGAAAACCAAAUAA